AUGGAUCUACUGGUCUCUUUGCGUUUCAGAAUGGAUAAAUCCUGGAUGAGUAUUGAUAGAACGAAGAAACGUUAUAGAGAAGGAGUUGCGGCGUUUCUGCGGUAUGCUGUCAACCAUCUCAAGGAGGAGGGUUUGACAUAUGAUGAAUUUCUUAUGUUGUGUCCGUGUACGGAUUGUUUAAAUCUCUGUGCAUGCUCCGUUGGCGAUGUAGAAGAUCAUUUAUUCGUAAAUGGAAUCGAUCAAACGUAUACUAUUUGGAAUAAGCAUGGGGAAAAGGAUGAGGCAAUAACUAGUAGUAGGCCAGUUAACGUCAACAAUGGUAUGCACGCUGAAUUUGAAAUGGGAACUCCCACUGAUGCUCCAGAAGAAUAUUUUGGAAUGGGAACUCCCACUGAUGCUCCAGACACUAUAGAUAUGAUGCAGGCUGCAGAAGAGUUCGCAGAUGACCCUAUAAAGUUUAAAAAGUUACUUGAAGAUGCUGAAAAGCCCUUAUACGAAGGAUGUCCCAACUUCACAAAGUUGUCUGCAAUUGUGCAGUUGUUUAAGUUGAAGAGUAAGCACGGUGCAUCGGACAUGUUUUUUAAUGAAUUGUUACCCUUGUUAAAGGACAUGCUUCCCAAAGAAGGUAAUUUAAUGGCGAGGAGUACAUAUCAGGCAAAGAAAAUAUUGAAAGCAAUGGGUUCAGGAUGGAAAGUUAACAGGGAUGGUAAAUUUUACGAGAAUGUACCAGUAAAGGUAUUGUGGUACUUCAACAUCAUCCCAAGAUUUCAGCGGCUGUUUCAAUCGAAGACCACAACAGAAGAUUUGAUAUGGCACGAUACCACUAGAAACAAAGACGGUGUUUUACGUCAUCCGGCAGACUCACAUGCUUGGAGAGAGAUAGAUAAGAAUUUCCCAGAAAUUAAAGGUGAUCCAAGAAAUCUGCGGUUAGCUGUUUCGGCUGACGGAGUUGAUGUAAACACAGGCACCAAACAUCACAGUGUAUGGCCAGUUUUUGUUGUGAUUUACAACCUUCCAUCGGGGCUAUGUAUGAAGAGAAAGUUCAUCAUGUUGUCGUUACUUAUAGAUGGUGCGCCAGGAAACAACAUCGAUGUCUUUUUAGAACCUCUUGUUAAAGAUUUUCAAUUCUUAUUUGAGAAGGGAAAGAGAACAUGGGAUGCAUAUGCCCAAGAAAUGUUUACUCUACGUGCAGUUGUUUUGUGGACGAUAAACGAUUAUCCUGCUCUUGGUACACUAUGUGGUUGUCGCUACGCUGGAUAUCAUGGUUGUGUGGUGUGUCGGAAAAAAACGCACAGUAUUAGGCUUCAUGACUCAAACAUGAAUGUUUAUGUUGGUUAUAGAAGAUUUUUACCCUAUGAGCAUCCGUUCAGAAGGAAGAAGGGGGCAUUUGGCGGAAAACAAGAGUGGGAGACUGCUCCAGAACCAAUGACCGAGAAAGAAAUAUAUGAGGAGAAUGUGGGACAAAGGCUUGUUGGAACGUUGCUGCACAACGGGAAUACAAAAGAUGGAUUAAACGCCAGAAAGGAUUUGGUGCGUUUGGGUUUAAAAUCAGAGUUACACCCUAAGACAGAUGACAAAGAAACGAUACUUCCCUCAACAUGUUAA